UGCGGGCGGUUUCCAGGGCACCCGAAGUAAAAUUCCCUUGCCAAAAAAUGAGAACUUGGGAGAGCUAAAGACCCACCUCAGGAUGAACUCUACUGUGGAUAUGAACCAGAGCAGCACUCCGUUUUGUCUUUUGGGUGUGGGCUACCCUCAUGUCUUUGAUACCUGCAUCCUGGAGAUGGCUAUUAUCCUUUUCCUCACUAUCCUCAUCAUCUCCGGAAACCUAGUGGUGAUUUUUGUCUUCCACUGUGCGCCGCUGCUCAACCAUCACACCACCAGCUCCUUCAUCAAGACCAUGACGUACGCUGACCUGCUGGUGGGGGUAAGCUGCCUGAUCCCUUGCCUGUCCCUGCUGCACUACUUGGAGGGUCUGGACGAGGAGCUCACCUGCAAGGUGUUUGGAUACAUGGUGUCCGUGCUGAAAAGCGUGUCGAUGGCGUCGCUGGCGUGUGUCAGUGUGGACCGCUACAUCGCUAUCACGCGGCCGCUCUCCUACGCCACGCUGGUGACGCCCUGCCGGCUCCGCGUCUGCAUCACUCUCAUCUGGCUCUACUCGAGCCUCAUCUUCUUGCCAUCCUUCUUCGGCAUGGGCAAGCCUGGCUACCACGGCGACAUCAUCCGGUGGUGUGCCGAGUCAUGGAGGACCAAGCCUCCCUUCACCUCCUUCAUUGUGGCACUGCUGUACGCACCGGCCACCUCCACGGUCUGCUUCACCUACUGCAACAUCUUCCGCAUCUGCCAACAGCACACUCGCGAGAUCAGCGAGCGCCGCGCCCGCUUUGGCCCACAAGAAGGUGCGACCGGCGAGGGCCAGGCCUGCACGGACAAGCGAUACGCCAUGGUGCUCUUCCGCAUCACCAGCGUCUUCUACAUCCUGUGGCUGCCGUACAUCAUCUACUUCCUGCUGGAGAGCGCAGACAUCUACCAGAACCCAGUGGUCUCCUUCCUCACCACCUGGCUGGCCAUCAGCAACAGCUUCUGCAACUGCCUCAUCUACAGCCUCUCCAAUAGCGCCUUCCGCAAGGGUCUCAAGCGCCUGUGUUCCUUCUGCCUGCACCGGGUGGAGAGCAAGAAGCCCCCAGGAAUACACGAGGGCACCGCCGGUCCCAGGGCCACUUGUCACGUAUGAGCCAAACCGGGGGAUUCUGGGUUUUCCAGGAGUCAUUGGUUCUGGCAAUAGGCGUCCCGUCCUUAGGCUGCUGGGGGAGCAGCAGUGCACCCCAGUCAGAAGCGGGAAGGCCGGCGUUGGAUGGGCUCGAACCGCCUGAACCGAGAGGGCGAAGCUCACAGCAUUGGGGAUGCACUUUCUGUAGUCCUCAAACAAUAGCCUUCUGCAAAAAAACAAGCUACCGUCUACAAGUACGUCUUAGCAUUGUGUGAAACAUCCUUGUUUCGUUGCCAGGCCUUUCUGGGAUGCGAAGGACAAUGUUUGACUGCAGAGUGCUACUCUCCAAGACACUUUUGCAUUGGAUGGAGUAUUUAGUUGUUUAACUUCAAAACAACUUAUUGUGAUGGCUUUAACGUCUUCAUCUGUGUACUUUUCCAAGGUUUCGUUCACUGAUGUUGUGUACCCAUGUUCUGAUUUCUGGGGCAUGGCUGUGUGAGGCAUACCACAAGCACAUCGGACUCCACAGUACGGGAUGUGAAAUCCCUACUGCUCGGCAAAAAAGGACGGGAAAACAUUUGGCAGAUUUAUUUUUUGUUUUAUUUAUUCCAAGGUGUUUCUAGCCUGGACCUGAACACAUAGCACUGUUAGGAGUUAGGAUAGCUGUUAUUGUUUACAGAGUGUUGUGUUUCAGAGGAGGGUUACCUUUGACUGCACUAAUGUUGUCCCAUUGUCUUAAGCAUGCUGUGCUUUAUGCUGGCUGGCACCCUGUAUUUAGUUUGUGUUAGUAACGAUCCAGGAACGUCUCAGAGGAAGGAUAAAUGUUUAUUUGUUUAGCUGUUUACCUCAGAACAGCUUCUAGCUGAUCCAUGGAUGGUGACUUGCACCACAACGUCUUUCUGUAGAAUCUUAUUGACUUGCUCUCUCAAAUGGGAGUUUAUUUUCUGCCCGUUGAUAUGUCAAGCUUUGGGGCGGCGUUGCGUCAUCGCCCAUCAGCGUGCCACUUUCCGACCCGCGAUUACACUGCAAAUUUAAUCAUGAGGACUGAGGCUGUUUUUCUGAGAUGAUUUCUGAAUGUGUUGAGAGUCUGGAUUGCCCGCAAUUCAUAUUGUGAAAGUGCUUUUAUCCGUGAAGGCUUUAUGUAGCACGCGUCAUGGCUGAGAAGGCAGCAUCUCGGACGAUUCUCCCAGCCGACGCGCAACCGAUGGAACAGAUGCAUGACGGGGAGAGACGCCGAGGGUUGAAUUGCAGUGUGUGUGCCGUUCCUGCAGACAUUCUGCCUUUGAGUCUGCCUUGCAUGUUGGGAAGCGACUAGACGACUAGACUGCUGGGCAGCCGUGUCAGAGCUGGAGCCGCUGUUACACAGGCAUGCCCGCGCCGGCACUGUCCAGUAAAUCCUUGGCUCCACUCUCAUUCAUUGGCAGUCUCGCCACCGGACAGGUUGUAUGUAGGUCUCUGGCGAGUGAAUAGCUCAGGCAUGGUUGGGUCCAAUGCGCCAUAUGAGCAGGACGCUGGCGUACACAGGCAGCCUGUAGCCAGUGAUUCACACUCGCGUCUUUGUGUGGAAAUGGGUUGCUGAUAAGGGGGGGGGGCAUUAAUUCCAUAUUAGCGCCCCGCUGAGUCUCGGCUCUACAACGGCGCACGUAUUGCUGUACUGAAAUCCCAUUUUAGCCUGGUGCUUGUCAUCAUUAAGUGCACGAUAGUAUUACACUUUUUUUAAUAGACCAAAGUUGAUGAUUUAAUACUGUGGGUUUUUUUUUUUUUUUUUUUUUUUAUUUCUCCUAAAAAUUGUACUUGACUUGGUCGAGAGGAGAAUGUGUGGUUACCUUCCAGUGUCUGAUAGACUUUAAUCAUGACUCCUUCUCAGGCCUCGGAAUGCAAUAUCGUUGCAUAGUCACCUCCUCUUUCAUUGUCUUCUUCAGAAGGGUUUAAUUUAUUGUGAUACUUUAGGCACCUUUGAAUGCGACUGAUGUUUUUUGUCCAGUCUUUAGCAUGUGUUGAAUUUCUUGUCUAUUUACAGUUUUCUUAUAUAUAUGGAGCAUAUUAUACAUGGAGCAUUUUUAUUUAAACCCGGUCCUGUGAGUAGUCAUUGGGCGUAAUUCACGAUGGGCUCACAGACUGUUUUCUAUCGCUAUACUGUUGCAAGGGACAGUGCAAUACUUUUCAUGUGUUCCAAACCGAAGGACUAUUGUUGGAGACGACGAAAACAUAUCACCUGUUUAUAGGAAAAGGGCUUUUCGUUCUCGUGCAAUUCCAAAGUGUUUCCAGUGGGUUUCGAAACGGGAGGUAUCAAUCUGUAGAUGCUGAAAUAGCAGGUGCCAAUCCAGGAGUGUCUGUCUGCUCCUUUUUGAUUUCUUUAAAAAAAUAUUUUCGGGCAGAUUAGCCUUGUACCAGACUUGAUAGUGCUUUAAUAAUACACGUGUCUUGCAGGUUCCUCCUGUGUAUGUGAGGCACUGAGCUCUCUCUCAUUUUGUGCUUGUGAGGCAUGACAGUAAAUAUUUGACAUCGGAACUCCAAGAUGGCCCCCAUUCGGAUGGCUUUGGCGGUUUCCUGUGUCUUUGAAAACAAGUAUCCCUUAUCAGUCUUGUGUUGUCAAAUGUCAAGCAGGGGAAAACGAUGUCAUGGGCAGAGGCUUGAAUUACAGUGCUAUUCCUGUGAACUUACAUUUGUUGUAACUUAAGAAUUAAUUUCCACACAGCAUCGUGUGCCUGUACAGUUGACAGCGCGAGUGACUUCGGCCGAGUCCUGAAGGUCCAAUGUUGAGCAAUACUGCAUCGGUCAUACCUUCAUUUGUAUUUAAAAUAAGGUCUAUGAAUAAACCGAUGAUCUUGAUCUGAUGUUUGUAUUGUUACUUUUUGAAUGGUGAACUUUGCACUAAUUUCUUGUGCUGAUGUGACCUUCAGCAGUCUCGACAAGAGAUUUGUUGUUGUUUUUUUCCCCUCCAUUGACACAAAAAAUGCCUUUUGGACCAUUUGAACGAGUGCUGAUGCUCGUUUGUGAGUGCGUACCUCCGAGACGGAAUGCUGAGCUUAUUAAAGUCUCGGGGGUGGAAAGCAGUGAUGGCCCAGAAUGUCCAUUGCAGCAAGGAGAGAGCAAGGUUUCCCUCAGUGUGCGGUUUGGGACACUUUCAUGCCAGCGAGUAGUCGGUUCCCCUUUUCCUGUGGGAAAACUCUGCUCUCUGAGAAUCGGAGUCAAAGGUUUGCGAUGCUUGGGGGCCCGGGGGCCCAGGGGCCUGCCCUCUGGUAGUGACCUACUCCUCAGUGCCAUAUUAGGACAUGAAACCUGGUGGGACCCCGAUUCUAGGGGACACAGAUUUGUGCCGGAACAGCUUGUCCCCGGUUGGGUCAGAAGCUCCCGGAUCAUUGUGUCCACUCUCCGUGACGCCUUUUCUUAUGAGCCGAUUGGCUUUGGCUUUCACAUCAAAAAGCCAACCUUUUAAUGGAGUCCUCUUGGUCCAGAAAUUUAGCUCCAAAAUUUCGUAUCAGGGGAAAAAUGAAAGCAAACAGUCUAUGGUUUUGGUUUUGAAAUGUCCCAAAGCGCAAGGGGUUUGUACUAACUUGUGUGUCCGACGUGGGCCGUGGUCGGGCUCUGUGAAAUACAGUCAGAAUACUUUCCUUUAGAAAUCACAGAGGCCGACAUUUUGCUUGACGUCUUCCAUGGUGUGUAAAUGGGCUGCAAUAGUACCUUGUUUUGUAUUGUACGUUUGGGAAAACACAUGUCAACAAUAUAUUUAUAUACUGGUCAUAUCUGUAUUGACGAAAUAAAUGUCAUUAUUUAAAGGGUU